AUGCGCGUCUUUUCCAUUCUCGCCGCCGUCGCGUCAGCUGCUGUCGUAGCUGGCAACCCUGUAGCCCGCCAAACGUCCAAUUUCGCCGGCUACCUGAUCUCGACCUUCAGCGACGCCAACCCGAAAGUCCAAUUUCACUUGUCGAAUGGCAACAGCGCGUCUAGCUUCAAGUUCCUCAACAAGGGUCAGGCAGUCCUCACGUCGACCGUGGGUACCAAGGCUGUCCGUGAUGUCUACCUCACAACAAACCCCUCGCGAUCAGAAUGGUACAUAAUUGCCACUGAUCUUGAUAUCAAUGCUUCUGGCUUCAACUGGGACAAAGCCACGAGAACUGGUAGCAGGGGCAUCGUUGUCUGGAAGUCCGCCAACCUCGUUGACUGGUCUGCUCCCACGCUGAGAAUCGUGGAAGCUGACACCGCUGGCAUGGUCUGGGCCCCGUCAGCCGUUUGGGACGAUGCAAAGGCUCAUUGGUACGUCUUCUGGUCCGCCCGACACUACCGGUCCACCGACACGGCCCACACCGGCACCGCAACGCUCGACCGAAUCCGAUACACCACGACAAAGGACUUUGUCACCUUCAGUCCGGCCCGAGACUAUCUUGCCUUAGCGGACACUCCCCUCAUCGACCAGGAGUUCCAGUACUUGGGCACAUCUGGCGCCUAUGCCCGCUUCCUGAAGAACGAGACUACCAACCAAGUCUACCAAGAGGUCACUUCGAAUGGUAUCUUUGGCACUUGGAAUCGCAUUCCUGGCUACGUCAGAAAUGAGAGCCCUCGCGAGGGACCUGCCUCGUAUGCCGACAACACCACCCCCGGGCUGUACCACCUCCUGCUGGAUGACUACACUCAAUAUGUGCCAUUCCAGACCAGCAAUAUUCAGUCGCCUAAUUGGCAGGCUGGUAGCACUUCUGGCUUCCCUUCUGGACUGAAGCAUGGAUCGGUUACGCCCCUCACUCAGACUGACGAUCCUCUGAUAUUGAAGCCUCAUAUUCCUGGACCUGUGCCCUUCAUUGCAACCCUGAAUCAUCAGUGUCCCGAUAAUGCCACUUCCGUACACUAUCAAACUUAUUUUCAUACGCUUGGUGAGGUUCCGGAAUUGGAACAGGCCUUGCCAAAGACAUCUAGCACCCGCUUGUCAUUAAGUCAAGACGCGUCGGUCGAUGUGGCGUCCCUUGAGCGACCGAGCUAUUGUGACAGAUCCUUUGAAGCUGCGGCCCCCAUCGAAGUUCAUAAUCUUCAAUACAUUCAAGCUAUCACGUUCGUGUUUCGGCAAAACGGUGCCGACAAGUACAUUUGCGACCUGCAGUCCUUGCUGUUACCAGCAAAGACCACAAACAUGAGAGCUCCGAAUGCUUUAAGACUCAUGAUUCAACAGGUCUGCACGGCAACAUGGAAGGUUUGCCACGGUGGAAGAUUUGCACGUGAAAGAAUCAAUACAUGUGGCUUGAAGGCUCCCCGCCUCGGGCUUUUCCAGCCUGGAGGUUGUCUUCUUGCAGCGGAUAGUACCGCGAUGAAUCGUAUCCGGUUUACCGGAAGCGCAGAUCCUCUACAACACUCGACUAAUGCCUGUAACACUCGCCGAAAGAGCUCGGGGAAGUGCGCCGGUGGCUUUGUGCUCCCUCGUUUCCAGUCCCAACGAAAACCGCCCCCAAUAGGUCGCCUGAAAUCGCCAUGUAAGCCUACGGCAUCAAUGGCUAACUGUUCAUCCACACACAUUGGCCCCGAAUUGUGGUCGCAAGGAGUCGGCUCUGGGCCUGUGGAUUUUAAGGAUCCCAGCCAUGUUGUUUCCUCGGUAGUUCAGGAUCGCCGGACAUGGCAAGCUUUCAUUGUUAGUGUCUACCUUUUGGCGUUCCAUGAAUCUCUCUACAUUCCAUUGUCUUUAACGUGCGAGAUCCCGGGCCAUGUGUCCCGUGGCACCCUGGCAUUUAGUUUCCAGUUUCCGCAACGACUUGACGAAUUGAUCCAGUGUUUCGUGUUCAAUGUCGACCUCGAAAGCCAUCCGAGUCCAAAGUUCUGGAAAACCACGUCUAUUCGAAGGCCCUUCACACGAGGGGAUCCAACCCCGCCAUACACGGACGCCACAAGAGCUCCAUUGCUCAUUGGCAUGACUGCAGGGUUUCUCGGAAUUGCAUUGAUUUUUGUCGCCCUACGUGUCUAUGUGAGGGCCGUGGUGUUGAAGAAAUGGGGUUUGGACGACACUCUCCUCGUCGUCUCAUACCUAAGCACUUGCGUCCUAUCAGACUCUGAAUUCCAGAUACUCACUGGUCUUGUCUUUUCGAUAUGCACCAUAUUUGGGCUUGGGAUGCAUGUCUGGACAGUUCCCAUUGAAGUACAGCAGACUGGUCGCAGGGCAACGAUCGCUGCAACUUUAUCAUACCACAUUACCUUCAUUUUCGUGAAGAUAGCUUUACUCCUUUUGUACCGACGAGUAUUUGCUCAUCCCACGUUUUGUCUUGUUUGCGACGUAAUGCUAGGCUUUAUUGCGGUGUUUGGUAUUGCCGUAGUGGUGUCAUCCGUCGUUAUCAGCGCACCAGGUUGGAGAGGCGACACCUUCGAGUUUGAGCGUUACGACCAGGGGGCGUGGUGGAUGGCAACAGCUGCAGUUCACUUGGUGACCGACAUGAUCAUAUUCUUCAUGCCGAUUCCGCUUUUGAGCAGCUUGAAUUUGAAACGAGCUCAAAAGGCUGCGCUGAUUGUUACAUUUGGCGUUGGAUUCAUCACGACGGCCAUCUCUGUUGUCAGGAUGUCUACUCUUACUCAUGUAUUCACAGCUGAUGUGACGUGGGAUGUGAUUCCAUCCCUGAUCUGGUCCGAGGUUGAGCUCUGCUGCGCCGUGAUUUGCGCUUGCAUACCGACACUUCGGCCUCUGCUUCGGUCUCCGAGAUCUACUUGCUCGCAAUAUUACAACCGACAACGAUCUGAAGCAAGCGCUGAGGCGAAACUAUCUCACAAGCGGAUCAAUGGGGGAACAUUCGGGAGCCACAGUCAGCAAAGCAUCCAAAAUACAACGGCGAUGGAUCUUGAUGUUGACAUGGAGAUGGGCUUUGAGGCGAACAUGGAGCCGGAAAUGCCACCAGAAGCGCCCUACAACCACAAGGGGAACAUUCAUGGGUUGACUAUUGUGACAGACAUCACUCCAGCGAUGCCGGCUGGAGAGUCGGAUGAUGGAUCUGACGUGUUUGGGCCGCUAGAUGAAGAGCUCGUCACACCAUUGAGCCCGCCUCCGAGGUCUUAUACCAGCCCUGCAAGGCUUCUUCCUCGGUCCCGGCCGUUAUCAGGAUCAUCCAACGAGCAAUCAAAGCAGUCAUACCAGGGUAGCAGAACAGAGCCAGAGCAACAAGUCUUUGAAAAGUGGCAGGCAUCAGGGUUCCUUCCAUAUUGUUUCCAGAAUGAGAAGGGCAAGUCCGAGGUGGACACGGUGGGCCAAGUGGACCCUGAAGAAAGCUACCGAGUCAGGAACAUGUGGCCUCGGCGCACCUGCGUUUUUCGGGGUCUCGGUUCCGGGCGGGCCGCUAGACCUGAUAAGUUGAUCUGCACGUGCUGCGCUAAACCUCCAAUAGAAGGCGGUGGGCAGUCCGAGGCAUUGGAGGUCUUAGAUAAGCCGGCAAAAUGGCAAGUGUCGCCCGCCCGCACGUCCCCGCCAUCGCCUCUCGAAGCCAUCCGCACAAUGUCAAACGGGAACGGCGAGCACACUGCCGCGGCUGCCAACGGUUACCCCGCCAAACCCCACUCAUCCGAGUCGUCCCCGCGGAGUUUCCAGGAAGUGUGCCAAGAGCUGAAGGAUAAGGUCGACGCUUUCUUAGCGGAUGACCAGACGACGGAUGUUCUGCGCAAUGUUCAAAAGCAGCUGCGCGCGUCAAUGGGGGUCGUUGACGAGGCGUUGGCAAGAUACAGGCAGCCUGGAACAGAUUUCAAUCUCCUACAAUGGAGGAAAAGACUGUACGUGCUCACAUCUUGCAUUCUCGACAUGUUCCCUGCGACGUUGCGAAUCUUUCGGAUCGAGACAUGGCACCGCAUUUACUGCCUCGUACUCCUGAUCAUACUCCUCGCCGCCCUAGCACGUCGAUACCCUUCUCUCCCGAAAGCCUCCCAAACGAACGGGUCGAACGGCACGACUUCCUUCCCUCCUGAAUUUCAGGCAGUGUACAUCGUAUCGAAGCACCCAUUCGCCGAAGUUGACGAUUUUGUCGAAACCACCAGCGCCGAAUACCAUUUAGACGUAAAACGAUAUGCCAUGUCAAUGAAAGAUGGACUCGAGGCAUACCUAGCAGACAGACCAACCGUAAAAGCCAUCUUCGUAGGGACGAGGAGGACAGACCCCCACGGCGAGAAGUUGACAGAUUUUGACCCCACGGACUCCGGGUGGCCUGCCUUUAUGCGGGUGCAUCCUGUGAUCGACUGGCAUUAUGCCGAAAUUUGGGCAUUCAUCCGACAUUUAGAAAUACCAUACUGUCCUCUAUAUGAUCAGGGCUACACGAGUUUAGGCGGAACGCAAGAUACUCAUCCCAACCCUCAGCUGAAGACUGAAGGACAGAACGGUGCGGGCUUCCGACCUGCGUACGAGCUUACGGAAGACGAUGAAGAGAGAUUAGAGCAGCGCAUAAUCAUCAUGGAGGAGCCUUUUCUCGCUGCGAUGUUCGCACGAAUCACAGCUGCCUUGUGGUGUCGUUUUGGACCAUCUACGGUCUGUCCCACGACAGAUCUUUGCGACAUGAGAGCUGACGAGAGAAUACGAAUUUGGCCCUCGAAGGCUUUCGUUUCCCUCAUCUUCGCUUGGUGCGAUGACGACGUCGGAAUCGAGGAUCCUCCACAACGUUCACAUCGCUGGUUGUAUCCGCUCAAGAGGCAGUCGAUUGCCGAUUUCUCCAUUCCCAUCCAUGAUCGGCUGUCUGUCACCGGUCCCCGCAAUGUCACCAAGCCCCGCGCGGCAAUGUGGACCUUAUCGACAUAUUACUGGUGCCUUAUCAUCGGAAGCCUGGCCCUCGUCAUCAGAAUAUCGGGUAAAUGGCUCGAUGAGCCAAGGCGAGGUGCUUUUGAGAGGGCGCGGGCACUAUCUCAUGACCGGCGCUUGGCCUUCAUCAUGAUGCACUCUGGAGUUGGCUUUCUGGCGGCUCUGUCGAUUAUCCUUCUGCUCGCUCAUGAUGUUUCUGCAGGACCAACGGUGAAUGUGUUGAACGGCUCCUAUGAGGGCUUGUCUCUUCCCAGCUAUGAGCAGGAUGUUUUCCUUGGCGUUCCAUAUGCACAACCUCCUACUGGCAACCUCCGCUUCAAGGCACCUCAAAGCAUCGACUCAACGUGGAAUGGCACUCGCCCUGCGACAGAGUAUGGAGACAUUUGCAUGCAAUACAUCGCUCCUCCUAGCCACCCAAUGUCUGAAGACUGUCUGUCACUCAACGUCAUCCGCCCGAGCAGCUUCGACAGUACCGGACUCCUUCCUGUCGCUGUGUGGAUUCAUGGCGGCGGCCUAUACGCAGGUUCGUCCAGAGAUAACAACCUCACAAACUUUGUGAACCAGGCCUCUGCAGCACAGAAGCCUCUCAUAGCCGUUUCCAUCAAUCACAGACUUUCGGCGUUUGGGUUCCUCUGGGGGUCUGACGGGGUGAAAGCCAACGGCAGCGCCAACAACGGUCUGCGGGACCAGCGCCUGGCCCUCCACUGGAUCCAAGAAAACAUUGCCUUCUUCGGCGGCGACCCGCGCCGUGUUACAAUUUUUGGUCAGAGCGCCGGAGGCUUGUCUGUCGGCCAACAACUCAUUGCCUACGGAGGCAGAGAUGACGGCCUGUUCCAAGGCGCGAUCAUGCAGAGCGGCGGCAUGGCCGAGAAGUGGCCCUAUAACGUGAAGGACCCAGCUGCCUACACCCGAAAUCUCUACCGGAACCUGACAGAAACGACUUCUUGCUCCGAAGCAGCCAGUCCGCUCGAAUGUCUUCGCAACUUGCCCGUAAGGGUCAUUUCCGCCGCCCUGAACGUGAGCGCCACGCCGGUGUUCUCGGGCACAGGUCUUGGUCCUUGGCUGACUCAGGUCGAUGGCGAUUUCCUCCAAGACGGGCCAAUUGCGUCUCUCGAAAAGGGCCAUUUCGUCCAUGUGCCAAUCAUGUACUCCGCCACCACCGACGAGGCAACCGCCUUUAUGUUUGGCGGAAAGUUGGACACGGAUGACGACUUUAGGGCUCUGGUCGCAGCAGGGGGUCCAGAUGGCUCAACUGUCUCUGCUAUUGAGCGACUGUAUCCCAACACCAACGGUACUGGGCUUCCGGCCGGGUACAGUCCGACUGCUGAAGACAAUCAGCUGUACGGAUCUCAGUGGAAACGCGGAGUCGAGUUCCAUACUGAUGUCGUUGAGACUACUUCCAGGCGUAUGACGCUGAAGGCCUGGGCCGCUGCUGGCGCGGAAGCCUAUUCAGCUCGUGUCAACCUGUUGCCUCCAAGCACCACUCCUCGCCUGGGAUCUCACCAUUCCAUGGAUAUCUCUUUCAUAUUCGACGCUCUUGACGAAGAAACCCUUGGCGAGUUACAGUUUGCGACGGCAUCAAAGCUCAUGGGUAGGACAUGGGCGUCUUUCGUAUCGGAUCUCAACCCGAAUAAUCAUGGAGUCCCCAAUACCCCUAUGUGGCCGGCGUGGACUGCCGAGAAGUCGAACAAGACCGGCUCUAAUUUCGUUUUCAACGCUAAUAGCGAUCCAUGGUCUAUGUCAUUCAUCGAAGUGGAUGAUUAUCGUCUGCGGCAGACAACGUAUUUGGCAAGUGUCAUGCAGAGUCAAAUGUAUUACUAG